AUGGACAGUCAUUACCGUAGACCUCAUGUUAAACUGCCACGUGAUGGAGUUGGUGGAGGAAGAAGUAGUGAUGUAGGAGGUAAUGUAGGUGGGGGUGUUGGAGGUUGUGUAGGUGGUAAUGGAGGUGGAGGUGGUGUGAAUGAUGGCGUUGCUGGAGGUGGAGGUAUUGGGGUUGGUGGAGGAGUGGGAGGUGGUGGUGCAAGUGUUGGAGGUGGUGUCGGGGUUAGUGGAGGAAUGGGAGGUGGUGGUGGUGGUGGUGGUGGAGGUGCUGGGGUUGGUGUAAGUGUUGGAGGUGGCAUCAAGAUUGGUGGCGGAGUGAGAGGUAGUGGUGGAGGUGCAAAUGGUGGUGGAGGUGUUGGGCUUGGUGGAGGAAGGUUGAGGUCUCAUACAAGUGUUGGAGGUGGUGUCGAGGUUGGUGGAAGAGUAAGGGGUGGUGUAAGGGGAAGUAGUGGUAGUGUUAGUGGAAGAGUAACUGGUGGUGUAACUGGUGGUGGAGUGGGUGGUGGUGGUAGCAUUUGUGGUAGUGCUAGGGGUGGUAUUGGGGUCGAUGGAGGAGUAAGAGGUGGUGGAGGAGCUGGUAGUGGCACAGGCGGAGGUGUUAGUAGUGAUGUUGCUGGAAGUGCUGGUGGUGGCAUUAGUAGAGGCGCUGGUGGUGGUAUUGCUGGAAGUGCUGGUGGUGGCAUUAGUAGAGGCGCUGGUGGUGGUAUAGACGGAGGUGUUGGUGGUAGUGUUGGAGGUGGUAUUAAGGUUGGUGGAAGUGCUGGUGGUGGUAUAGGUGGAGGUGCUAGUGGUGGUGCAGGUGGAAGAGCUAGUGGUGGUGUAAGUAGAGGUGUUAGUGGUAGUGCUGGAAGUGGUAUUGAGGUUAAUGGAGGAGUAUGA